ACGAUCGGCUGUAUUCGUGAUUCUACUCCGUACGGGACAGACGUGCGUUUAUUCCGUUCUCCGAUCCGUCGUUCGUGGGUUGACUCUGCUGCGGUGUGAAAAUAAUAAAAAGAGUGUGUUGUUUAGUCUUUCUGCAGUAGCUCAGUUUUUAUCGAAAAAUAACAACACUAUUCGCGAAUAGCGAUUGUCUUUUUUGGUGAGGAAAUUGAUUUCCUAGUUUAAGUGCAGUGCGUGGGCGGUUUCGAAGAAUAAUUUUGUUACCCUCCGCAGGGGAAGGGCGAGUGUAGGAAUUAAACUAAAUUAUUAUUAUCAUCGUUAGCCAUUUUCCGAUUCUCAGCUGUAUGUUAAGUCGUUGCAACAUCCGGUAGUGGGGGAAAAGCCCUUGAGAAGGCAAUUUCUGUUCUUCGUGUACAAGCUAAUCUUAAAGUUUUAAGUGUCGGGUUAAGCCGAAAUUAUCUAGCGCUACCAGAAAGUUGAUGUGCAGUGAAGUAUAAUAAGCAUCUCGAGGCGCUCUGGUAGAAGAAAGUGGUGAGCAAGAGAAGAAGCAAAAUUGCUCCUAAAAUGCUAAUGAUGGAAGUGAAGUAACCAGAAAGGAAGCUGCAAAAGUCCGGUUUUCGUUGUUCUUCGUUGCCAGCCAGCCAGCGUUCCAGUCGGUGGCUAUCGAUCAUCAUAAAUCGCAGCAGAAAGUGAUUCAAGGUGCUCCGGCAGAGCCGAAGGGAUUGAAAACCCAACUGAAGCUGAGUAAACGCCGACUGCCGAAGGGAUCCCUCGGAAUAAAAAGAUAACCACAACCCAACGGCGGCGAAAAUGUCCGAUCCGGACACGCUCUGGCUGGAGGAACUGCUGGUGGACAUUCAACUGGAGCAGUUCCUGCCGCGGAUACGAGAUGAGCUGCAAAUCACCCGGCUGGCGCACUUCGAUUACGUGCACGUGGACGACCUGGAGAAGAUCGGUCUGGGCAAACCCGGCAUCCGGCGAUUGAUGGAAGCGGUGAAGAAGAAGAAAGCCCAGCAAUGGCGACGGAACAUCCUCUCGAAGCUGAUCGGUGGGGGGAAGCAGCAGCCCCAGAAAAAGCCUGCUGUAGCGAGGGAGACUGAGGAACCUUCGGCCCUGGCAUUGACUUGUUUGAUCCACGAGAAGGAUGUGACCAUGUCGGUAAAGUUGGGAGAUGGAUCUUUCGGUGUGGUACGACGAGGCGAAUGGAAUGCCCCUGGAGGGCAAAUCGUUCCGGUGGCAGUGAAAAUUCUCAAAGCCGAUACCCUGGCGCAACCCGGUGUGAUAGAAGAUUUCUUCAAGGAAGUUCAAGCGAUGCACACGCUGAAUCAUCCAAACUUAGUAAGGUUGCAUGGUGUUGUAUUAUCGCAGCCGAUGAUGAUGGUCACAGAACUGGCAGCGAAUGGGUCCCUUCUAGAUACGCUGCGCAAGCAGUGUAAGAACACAUCGCUGACAACCAUUUGGAACUGGUCCGUCCAGGUUGCUACCGGAAUGGCGUACCUGGAGAGUAAACGAUUCUUGCACAGGGAUUUGGCGUGUCGUAACGUUUUGCUCGCUUCCGGGAACAAAAUCAAGAUAGGGGAUUUCGGGCUGAUGCGAGCGCUGCCCCAACAGGAAGAUUGCUACGUGAUGACCGAGCACAAGAAAGUUCCCUUCCCUUGGUGUGCUCCGGAAUCGCUGCGGUACCGGCAGUUCAGUCAUGCCUCCGAUACGUGGAUGUUUGCGGUGACGCUGUGGGAGAUGUUCACGUUCGGGGAAGAUCCUUGGGUGGGCCUGAAUGGGUCGCAAAUUUUGCGGAAGAUCGAUCGAGAGGGAGAACGGUUACACCAUCCGGAUGCAUGUCCUCCGGAUGUGUAUCAGUUGAUGUUGCAGUGCUGGGAUAAAACACCCGCCGAGCGACCGACGUUCGCUGCUAUUAAGGAAUUCUUGUCCGCAACGCCCCCGCCCAUCUACCGGGCAGUGAUGAACUAUAAGGCUGAUAGUCGACUAACAGUGGAGCAAGGUGAUUGCAUAUGCAUAAUCGACGACCGGCCAGAGUUACAGUUCGUGAAGGGUCAAAAUCAGCGCACGUUCGAAAUCGGAAUCUUUCCGCGUAAUGUUGCCAUCGAUUCCUCCAAGCACCGUGGUGGAUCGGGUACCAUCAGUCGCCCACUACACGACUCAUUCCGGCACACAGGUCACGGAGCAGCAUUUGGAGCUUGCUGGGGUAAUCCGAGCACGCUAGAAAUGAACGGAGAUGUUAAACUGCGAGGUAAAAACAACACCUUAAAUACCGAUCGUCGCGGGAAAUGCGUCUCGGAGCAGUUCGCCAAGGAACGGAAAAGUAAUGCUCAGAAGCAAUUCUCCUACAAUAAACUCGUCAACGAAAACCACCACAAGCUCAACCGGCACCAGCAGCAACAACUGGUGAAGGACAGUAAAAAUCGUCCUCUCAGGCCGCCUCAGCCGCACAAUCUUCCUCAGGGAUCGGCGGAAGGAAUUUUGAUCGACCUGUCAUCGCCAGGAGAAGAUCCGGGAAGCGUGGCUAGUCCUCCGGUCGUCAUGGGGAACAGCAACCGCCAAUUCACUAGCAUUUUGGACGAACCUAUCGAUAUUCCAACGGAGGGCGAUCAACAGCAAGAUCUGCCUUCAGAGAUUCAGCAGUAUCAGACGGUGACACAAGUAGCCGAAGAGCAGCAACCGGUUCGACUGCAACCUCCGCCAUAUCAAAUGCCUCCAAAGUAUACGAACACGAUGGCUUUUGACGAGGUCAGCCCUGAACCACAUCCGUUCGAUACAAGAAUGGCGUUCUCAUUGGAAAGCCCAUCAAACCAGGUUGCUUCCAAUGCGACAUCCGAUUACGAGAGUGGUCCAUCCAGUGCAGUGAGUGCUAGGGACUUAAUGGCCUCGAUUAAGAGGCAGCAAACCUUAGAAGUUGCAGAGCCAACGGUAUCAACAGCCGUUUACGGGAAUGUGAAUAGAGGAGCUAUAUCAAAGAUUGAUUCAAACUACGGGAAAGUAACCGAUUUAAGUGAACUUUCUAGUUCCUUAAUGGCAAGUAUGAGUUCUGCGCCGAACACAUCCGGCAGUUCCUAUGGGAGCGCCCAGGGAUUGAACGAUUCUUUGGACGUCAAUCUUAGCAGCUUAACGUUGGAUACUACCGACCCCAGUGUACUGAAUCUGACCCCCAAGAAGCUGGAUAAGACAUUCCUGGCGGAACUGGAGAAGGAUAUCUACAAAAACGAUACCAACAGCGUGAACCAUUCGCAGGCGUAUAUUGCCAAAUCGAAUGCCAAGGACGGUUCCGUGAACCACAUAUCUAGUCUGAUGAGCUCGCUUUCCAAGUACGAAAGCAGUGGUUUAAUUUACGCCAUCGGAGGCCACGAUAUGAGCGCUGGCGCAAGCAAGAACUUGAACGCAAACUUGCAUCAAAUUUAUGCGAACAACUCUGCUGUCGCGGCAUCCGAAAGCUUCCAGCGCAAGAACUACGAAAGCACGCAAAGCAUGCUCUCGCCUAAGAAGCAAAAUAACGUGCAAUCGGCGGAUACCAGCAGCGUGGUAACGCAAAUGUGGAUGGAACGUAAUGCUGCCACUUCGCUGAGCAACAGUGAACUCACCUACGGAAACCUCCCCAAUCCAACCUCCCAGAAAUCCCACAAUUAUGUUGCAGUUUCCAAUCGACCUCUGUCUCGAAUCCAGAACGAUACCCGACUAUACGGUUCCAGUCCGAAUGUCAAUUCCAUUAAUCUAGUUGCUCAACAGCUACAGCAGCAAUCUGCUAUGGUUCCCCAAGCUGCCGCCGUUCCUGUGCAGAACAUUUACAACAGCGUCUACAAUGGGAACGACGUUUAUUCCACUAUUGGAAGCGAUAUAUACGACACGGUAGCGGCCACUCCUGCGUCGUAUUACGAACGCAUUCCUGCGCAACAGCGACAGCAGCAAAUCUACAACAACGUCAGUCAAUUACACCAACAACAACCUGUGAUCUAUGAUGAGGUGUCCAACGACGAACUUUUAAGGCCAAUUCGGGCCGCUCCUGCUGCCCCGUUAUCGGCUCAGCAAAUUCAAAGACGACUGGACCGGCUGGCCCAACAGGACCAACAGGUUGCAGCAUUGAUGUCCGAGCUGGGCGAGGAAGCCAACGAGGACGAGGCUAGAGAUGCGUUGACGGCUGUGAACUGGGAUCACACGCUGGCGGUACGGCAUUUCAAAAUCGAGCGGCUGUGUCGGCUCGGUGUGGCGAAUCGAACCAAGUGCGAGGAGGCGCUCCUGAAAACUGGCUGGAGUGUGCAACUGGCCGCGUCGAUACUGCUAGAGACUUAAUCGCUUCCGCCUGCCAGCCCUCCGACAAUGUUUAACGGCUUCGUGCUUUCGGUGUAUUUAGCUUUUUUAAGGUAAGAACCAUCUUUAAGUUUUGCACAACGAACAUUGAACUGUCAGUGGGAACCACUGAUUUGUUGUGCCGAUCCGUUGAGUAUUACAAUCAGCACUGUUUACUACUUGGCAAAUAUGUAGAUAAUUAUUUAUGGUUUUCCAUGAAAUAAAAAAAAAUAUUAAUAUAAAUGUACAAAUAACUGUAAUCUCCAGAUCGUGAAGUGAUCUUCCGAUUUUUAUCGAUCAGUAUGAUACAUCAUACGAAUGACAAAUUUAAAUUAUAAUUUCUCCAGUGAAAAUCUCCUGAAAGAACUCGAAACAAUUUAUAUGCUCUCUCUCAGACACACCUCUCAUCAAUUAAUUAUUGUUAAGUAACAAUGCACAUAAUGAUGACUAUUGAAUAAAAUGCUAACAGAUUCGCCGCUUCCUCUGGAGAAGCAUUCAGAGAUAUUUAUUACCAUCGAAACAAACGAUUAAGCAGUGCAAACGAAACCAAUUUUCUCAUCAAUCAUUGUUGCCUGUGGGAAUGAGCAGCUCAAAAGCCGAAACAGAAAUAAGUAGCAUCCAGAAGGGUGAUAACGAUUUGGAAGAGCUUUUGUCUUUAUUACCCGCGAUAUGAUGAAAAUUAGAUAGGUCUGUUGAAUGGCAGCCGUUGAAGUAUUGAAAUUGUUGUUGAUUCCAGUUAUGUUGGGAAGGUUUAGGGUUGCGAGCCAAUUAAACUGUUAGAACCAGAAGCGAAUAGUUGAAGACCGCUGCACAAGUAUGCCUCGAUACUCUACUUAGAAAUAAAAAAAAACUACUUGUUUUAUUGAAAUGAGAACAAGAGCCGUAGCUUCCCAUUGAGUACCAUUCAAUUUGAAGAACGAUCAACGGAUCCGAUAUGCCAAAUGAAGUGAUUGAAAUCAUCUAGAAAAGAUUGAGUAGAUGAAUGGGAGUUGAGGGAAAGCCGGUAGACCGGAAAUAGUCUAUUUACAUGUUAUGUAAGAAUGUUCCGCAAUUGAAAGAAAUACAUGAAUAUUUUAUAGCUGAGAAUA